AUGUGUGUAAUAAGUACUAGGUCGCGCUGCGAGCUCUGCGGCGCGGGGGCGGACGUGCACUGCCGGGCCGACGCGGCGUUCCUCUGCGCGCCGUGCGACGCCGAGGUGCACGGCGCCAACGCCCUCGCGUCCCGCCACCGCCGCACGCGCGUCUCGCAGUCCAGGGGCGUCGUCCGCGUGCGCUGCGAGGCGGCGCUCGAGGGCUGGGCCAGGCAGAUGGGCCUCGAGGAGGGGGCGGCGCACCGGUGUGCCGAGGCGGCCGCGCGCGUGAUCCGGACCGAGGUCGCCCUGGCAGCGCCGCGCAUGCCUCUUCUCGUCGCGAUGGCGGCCGCGCUGUGGUGGGAGGUUGCGGCUCACGGCGUCCGCGAGCCUGGCGACACGCUCCAGCGCUUGGAGGCCUGUGCGAACGUGCCCGCAAGGCUGCUUGUGGCGGUGGCGGCGGCGAUCGGGCGCGCGCGCGCCAAGAAGAGGACGGCCGCGGUGAACGCCUAGGAGGGCCAGGCCGAAUGCCCGUAUACCCAGCAAUGACAGGCCUGCGGCCUUUUAGAUAAUCGACAAGUCAUAUAUGGGUAAUUAAAAAUAUCAUCAUGAAAAAUAAUCGACAAGUCAUAUAUCUUAUGAGCGUAUGAACAUGAGCUAACUUCCUUGAUAGUAAUUUCUCAAAAAAAAAAUCCUUGAUAGUAUCUCAGUGUAUCACAUUUUUUUUAGAAGAGUAUCAGUGUAUCACAUAAGCAGCGACCGAGCACACCACAUAAUCAAAUCAUAUCUGUUGCCCUUCCUGAAGAAAUGAAAAAAAAGCACAUUAAUCUAUCUGUGUUUAUUUCCAUGUGAUAUCUUCCCAUGAUGAAAAAUAUUCCAUGAAAAUGUGCAUGCUUUUUGGACGACGUUUUAAUUAUGAAGUACUCCCUCCGUUCCUUUAUAUAAGGUGUAUUUGUUUUUUUAUAAAAUACCGCAAUGUAAGAUGCAUUUCUUCUAAUUCCUCAAAAUUCCGCCUUUAGCCCUGUAGGAAAAAGGAAAGUAUUACCCUUAAAGUCAAAUAAAUGACAGACCAUAGAUCUAUUAAAUCAAGACUUAUAUUUGUGCACUUAUCUCAAGAUUUUGAAAUGAAUACAAUACAUAUUUGUAGUUCAAAAUCCCAGUUAGAAGAAAAUAUGACUUUGUAAUUCUUUGAGGAAAUAAAUACUAUCUAAACGAAAAUUCAAAUCGGCGUCUGGGCUCAUCUGUAACCUAUGAACAGUACAUUGAAAACAAAUUAAAAAAUCUGAAAAAUUUACACAUGAAAGUUUAGAGAGUCUUCUACCUACGUGCCAAAGUUCAAGGUGUUUGAACAUUUUAAGAGCUUGUGGCAUAAAGAACAAAAUCCGGUCUACACUGUGCACUUUUUGAAAGUUUCUUUGAGAAGCCACAUUUGUUAUUUUUGCCACGAGCUUAUCAAAUGUUUAAACACCUUGAAAUUUUGCACGCGCCUAGAAUACUCUUUAAACUUUCGUGUGUAAUAUUUCAGAAUUUUUUUGAAUUUUUUGAA